AUGACGACGUCCCCGUCGCCACCGACGUCGCCAUGGCCCUGCUGGCCGUCCCCGUCGCCAAGCGCUCGACUGCCGCCGCCGCGCUCGCGUGCCUGCUGCACGCGCCGCCCUGCUGGCCGCGACCCCGCUGGUCGCCGGCGCCGCCGUGCUGGCCGUAGCCCCGCUGGCCGCGCCGCGCAGACCCGCCGUGCUGGCCGCCCCUGCAGCGUGCUGCCGCCCGCCCCACUGGCCGGCCUGGCAGCCGCCGGCGCCGCGAGCCGUGGCCGCACCACGCGCUGGCCGCGCCGGCCGCGCCGCGCCGUGCCCUGCUGGCCGCGGCCCGGUGGUCGCCGCGCACCGUGGCCUGCCGCCGCCUCACGCGCGCUGGUCUGGUCGCGGUCGCCGCGCGCCGUGCCCUCGCGUCGUGGCCCGCCGCCGCGCCGUUGA